UCAGACCGGAUCUUGAUGUUAUAGAAUCUUUGUUUAGAAUUGCGCAUCCGUACACGGUCUCAGUAUAGUCCGCUCGUACCACGUGCGUUUGUGGGAGUCUUUUGUUUGUUUGUUUUUUCUCCCCAUAAACAGCGAAUGAAGAAGCUGCACUAGUACGCUUUAGUCGCCUGUCGGUUAACAUCAGUCGUCAUUUAACUUUUGCUGUGAAAAGAUAUAGAUAGAGGUAUUUUUUUAUAAUUUUGAAGAUACUUUCGUGUUCUAUUGCACGAAGAUAUGACCGGGAAAUCAUUACUUGGGUUUUUCUUUGUGAUUACUAUCGGAUUGGUUUUGAAAUUUGAUCACGUUAUUGGUCAAACGGUAUCACCGAAAUUGGACUUCAAUGAUUCUAAAGAAGUUGAGCCGAAAUCCUCAACAAAGAGACCAUCAGCACCAUCUUUUGGCCAGGAUGAGAAUGAUGAUGGUGGCGUCGUCGGUAAUGGGGGUGGAGGAGGAUCAGGAUCGAGUGGAGGCAGUGGUAAAAGUGGACCGAAAAUUCAUGGAGUACGAGUCACUGUGGAUACUGGUGAUAACCAAAAAGGUUCUAAAGAAUCCAAGGAAAGUGUCGAAAUAACCGAAAGUAAAAACAAGAAAAGAGUUGGUAUCCAUACGGAUAUAACAUUUGAAAUAACUGGCGAUGUUGAAGAUUCUAAUUCUACAAGUUCAAGUCAAAGGCAUGAUAAAGAAGAAAAUGAUGCCAGUGUACCAAUAUUUAAAGGACGCAAAGGUACCACUACAAAUCGACCUCGAAAACCAUACGAUCCAAGAAGCCAUUGGAGUCCAAAUUUCUCAGCAGAACGUCGACGUAGUGGCGGUGGUGAUGGUUCUUUCCGUCCAUCACACUAUCCCCAUAAUAAUGUUCCCGUUUAUCCUGGAACAGAUAGUGUUAACGGAGAUGAUAUUUAUCGUGGCAUUGAUAGUUGGUCUAAUUUCGUUCCCAUCACAAGUACAUGGACUACAGAACGCUCCUAUUAUGAAUCAUAUCAGCCGCCAAAUGCUGUAAGUGGAUACAGGGUACCAAGUUGGAAGCCAUGUUAUUGUGUUUCAACUUCAGACAAUAGACGUAGAAGGGACAGCAUAGCGCAUCCAACAAGUUCGAUUAUUCGAGUUGUUGAUAAGUUAGAUAGUCCUUUUUCUAGUGGAAAAAAAUAAAUUCAAAAGCUUGUUAAAAAAAGU